AUAUAAUUGAAUGCUAAGCAACACUGGUCUACGAAUAGCACAUUGUCAAACAUUGUCUUGUUUAUUCCAAAAAAUUUAAUUUAAUUUGAUAAAUUGUUGAAACAGCGAAAAUGUCGUCAGAAGAUUUGACGAAUACGACAGAGAACAAGAAGCCUAUAUUCCGAAACAUUGACGCCGAUGAUGCUGAUCCAGAAACUACGGAAAUUGAGUCAGCAUGCAUGAAUUGUUUUCGCUCUGGUCAAACUCGUUUGCUUCUUACUAAAAUACCCUUUUUCAAAGAGGUGGUGCUCAUGUCCUUUAAAUGUGAACAUUGUGGCUUUGAAAGUAAUGAAAUCCAAUCUGCUUCGGAAAUACAAAAAAAAGGUGUACGUAUCGAACUAAGCGUAAAAAAUGCAGAAGACUUGAAUCGAAGAGUGGUACGGUCAGAUUAUACAUCUGUUAGUAUACCAGAAGUAGAGCUGGAAAUACCAUCUCAAAGUCAAAAGGGUGAAAUAACCACGGUGGAAGGCAUAAUUGCGAGAACAAUAAGAGGUCUAACUCAAGAUCAAGAAGUUAGAAAAAUAGAGCAUCCCGACGCGGCGGCAUCUAUUGAAGCCUAUAUUCAUAAAUUAAACUCUUUAAGGGAAUUGAAAAGUCAUUUCACUCUUAUUUUGGAAGAUAUAAGCGGAAAUAUCUUCGUUGAGAAUCCUUUUGCACCGUCUUCGGACCCUAAUUGUAAAAUAAUCCACUUUGAAAGACAAAAGGACCAAGAUCGAAUUCUUGGUCUUUAUUCUCCAGAAGAUUCACCUAAUGCUGAUGAAAAUGAUCAUGAUGAUGAGAGCAGCGAGGCGCAAAAGAAAAAUCUACUUAAACCUAUUGCUGAGGAUGCUUGGGGAAUAGAUGAUCUAAAUGGCGAGGUUUUACAGUUUCAAACAUUAUGCCAAUUAUGUGGCUCAUCUUGUGAGACGAAUAUGAAACUAACCAAAAUUCCACAUUUCAAAGAAGUUGUUAUAAUGGCGACAGUAUGCGAAACGUGUGGUUGUAAAACGAAUGAAGUGAAAUGUGGCGGAGGAAUUGAGGAAAUGGGUAUUCGUUUUAAGGUCCGAGUGGAAAAUAAGGAAGAUUUUAGUCGCGAUGUACUAAAAUCUGAAACGUGCAGCCUUAAAAUUUCAGAACUGGACUGUGAAGUUGGACCAUCAGCUCUUGGCGGACGUUUCACCACAGUUGAAGGUAUUUUGGUAGCAAUGAAAGACCAACUGCAAAACGAAGGUUGCCUGUUUAGAGAUUCAGCUGAUGAUGAGAUUAAGAAGCGGCUUGAGAGUGUCAUUGAUAAGUUUGAUCAAAUACUGACAUCGAAAUUACCCGUAACUUUAAUUUUGGAUGAUCCAGCUGGUAAUAGUUAUGUUCAAUCCUUGGCAGAAUGUGACGAGAUAGAUAGCAAUUUGAUAAUAGAAAAAUACGAACGUAGUUUUGACCAAAACGAAGAGCUGGGACUUAACGAUAUAAAAACAGAAGAUUACUAAGUUUAAAACCGAGUAACUAAAAUAAAAUAACUUAUAUAAAAAAACAAAAA